UCUUCUCUUUGUGGGGUUGGUGGGAGGGUAGAAGAGAGAAUUAUGGAUUUGUUUAUUGAAUUAUUUGGAUUGAAAGUCAAUGGUAUUCAAGACUUGCACCAAAAGCCAAGUUGGAAUAGUUUGUUAGAUGAGGCCAAUCCCAAAGUCAUACAACUUGCCAUUGAGUGGACAAAAAGAGUGGACCAAUAACAAGAACGAGUUGAUUUCUCGGACGACCACGCAACUUAUAGUUCAUCAUCUCAGAGAAUCACUUUCUUUGUUGAAAAAAAAUUGGAGUCAAGUGGAAUUAUAACUUUCUGAGAUAAUAACUCUGUUAGAGUGGGUAAAUAGUCCCACAUUGAUUGGGAAAUGGAGUGGUGGUUUGCUUAAAUGGACUUGAGUAAUACUCACAUCUUGAGCUAGCUUUUGAGGUUGAGUUAGGUCCAAGGUCCAUUCUUGACAUAGUAUCUGAGCCAGGUCCAUCCUCGUUUUGGGCUCCCGGUCCACGCGCCAGUGCCAGUUGGGCCAGGGCAUGAAGGGGGCUGUUAGAGUGGGUAUUGUCUCAUCGUACACGACAUUUGGCAUAGUCACAAUGACAUAUUUUUUAGUUACUAAGACAUGUUGGAUGUCUAUUUGGGCUGAUCUGAGUUAAACUAUCCCAAGUUGGACGUCUACAAAAUUAUUGGAUACAAGUUUAAUCAGUUCUUGCAAGUUGAAUGAAUACUAAUAUACUGUACUAUAUUGUGCUGUUUAGAUCUUAGAAAUAAUCAAAUGUUCUGACUUUUUGGACUCAUUUAAUUUAAACUAUUCCAACUUGAUCUUAAAAAAAAAAACAUUUUGUACAUUUCCUCUUAAGGAGAAAAUGCAUAGAGAAUUGACUUUAAUUUGGGCGUCUUGAUCAAGAACUUAGAACGUCAUAAUCUUCCUUAUUCCUCCUACUACCUUUUUGCUACGAAACAAACAGCGAUAUGGCGGCAUAUGCUGCUGUGACUUCUCUUUUGCAAUGCCUAGAUCAACUCUCGCAAACUCGUCAUUCAUCACACUGGGUUAUUUGCAAAAAAAAGCAAACUGAAAUCCUCCACGAGAAGUUGACCUUCUUACGAGCCUUUCUUGAGGAUUUUACGAAUGUUUUUCAUGAAGAUAGAAAGAUGAAACAUCUUGAAAGGAUGAUCCAAGAUGCUGUUCAGGGAGUGGAAGAUACCAUUGACUCAUAUGUAUAUGACAAGUAUGUUUUAGGAACAAGAAGGCGAAAACGAAUAAAGGCUUAUAUGAUCUUUCAUCAAAAUUUGGAAUAUGAAAUUGAAGAAAUUGGUUUGAUACAAAGAGAGGUUAUAAAAAUGAUAAAAGUCAGAAGGUUCAACAACAAAAUCUCACAUUCUAGAGAUACACAACAAUGUACUUCAUCUCAGUUUACGUUGAAUCAAAAUGAUAUAACUGUUGGACUAGACGAAGACUUGCUAAAGAUUAAAGAUCGACUCAUCGUGCAAUCAUCGAGCCUCAAAGUAGUCCCCAUUGUAGGGAUGGGUGGCAUUGGCAAGACCACGCUGGCUAGAAGAGUUUAUGAUGAUGCUUUGAUUACAUAUCAUUUUUAUGUUCGAGCAUGGAUAAAUGUGUCUCAAGGAUUUAACACGAGAGAUAUUUUUCUUGGUAUUCUUCGAUCAAUUAGCCUAGUCAACGAUGAAGAAGAAAAAAACAGUACUACUGAGCAAUUGGCUGAAAGAGUUUAUCAAAGUUUAAAAGGGAGGAAGUAUCUUAUUGUCCUAGAUGAUAUGUGGUCUAUCCAGGCUUGGCAGCAAGUGAGGAGACCUUUUCCGGAUGAUCAUAAUGGAAGCCGGAUCUUGUUGACUACGAGGCUUGUAGAUGUUGCCUCUUGUGCUAGCUCGGGUAAUUCCCUUCACCAGAUGCGUUUUCUGAGCAUGGAGGAAAGCUGGACUCUUUUACGCGAUAAGGUCUUUGGGAACAGUAGUUACCCUCCGGAAUUGGUGAAAAUUGGGAGGUACAUUGCCCAUCGGUGCCAAGGGUUACCACUUGCAGUUGUUGCAAUUGGUGGACUACUUUCCGCGAUGAGCAAAGAAACAGGUUCUUGGAAGACAGUUGCAGAAAAGGUAGGAUCACUUGUGACCAGUGACACUAUGGAUUGCUUGAGUAUACUGUCUUUGAGCUACAACCACUUGCCUCAGUACUUGAAACCAUGUUUCCUUUAUAUGGGAGUUUUCUCAAAAAACCGUGAGAUCCCGGUCUGGAAGUUGAUAAGGCUAUGGAUUGCCGAAGGCUUCAUCAAGAAAGUUGAAGAUAAAAAUCUAGAAGAUGUAGCAGAGGAAAAUUUGAGGGAGUUAGUUGACAGAAGUUUGGUUUUAGCAGGCAAAUGGAACUCCCUAGGAAAACUGAAGACUUGUAAGAUGCAUGAUCUGGUUCGAGAUAUGUGUUUGAGAGAAGCCCGAAAUGAGAACUUUAUACACUUCACAACGAGGUAUGGCCAUGAUAGUCUUCUAGAAAACAUUAAUGGACUACGUCGACUAGUUGUGUUCAGUAAUUAUGAGCCCUACAUUUUUUAUGGCUAUCCCAGUGAACCUUGUAUACACAUGCCACUCACACGUUCCGUUUUCUUCAUAUAUCCAUACUACGAUUAUGUACUAGUGCGAACAGACUUUAGAUUGCUUAGGAUAUUAGAUGUUUGCUUUAAUUCUUAUCUCUGCAAUUCUGAGGCAAUAUCAGAACUUGUUCAUUUGAGGUAUCUUACUUGCCCAUUCUUCUAUGGUCUUGAGAAAUCAAUAUGCAAGCUUUGGAAUAUACAGUUCUUAGUUAUUCAUGAUAAAAUCACAUGUAUAUAUACAGCAUCCCAGUCCCUUCCAUGGGAAGUUUUGAAUAUGCCUCAACUAAGAUAUAUCCAUACGAAAAACCUUUGUCUUUCCAUACCCACACCCAUAUUACAAAUUACUGAGAGGGAGAAUCACUUACAAACGUUAACCGGAUUGAUGCCUUCAUCUUGUAGAGCUGAGGUAUUUCUAAGAAUUCCAAAUUUGAAGAAAUUGGCAAUUGUAAUGGCUGUUGAUUCACACACCUUUGAGAAGUUAUAUUGUCUCGAUAAUCUUGUACUUUUAACUCAGCUUGCGAAGCUCAAAGUUGAGUUCAAAGAGGAUAAUUUACUCAUAAUAUGGUUGAGGGCAGACCCUAUUUCUCCUCGACUACACAUUCCACAUUGUGACAAUUUCCCACCAAACCUCAAGAAGUUAACAUUGUGCAAAACAUACCUAGAAUGGGAAGACAUGAAUAUUCUCAGAAAGUUACCUAACCUCGAGGUGCUCAAACUUAAAGUUGACGCCUUUUAUAGACCAAUUUGGAAACUAAGUGAUGAAGAUGAAGAUGGAUUCUCACGGUUAAAGUAUUUACUUAUUGAGAAAUUGAAGCUGAAGCAAUGGGAAGCACCAAGUUAUCACUUUCCAAGCCUUGAGCACUUAGUCGUAAUAGACUGCCGUUUGUUGGAGCAAAUUCCUUUCGACUUUGCUGGUAUUCAGACGCUACAGCUGAUUGAACUACAAGGAUGUCAGCUUUCUGUUAUUGAUUCGGCAAAGCAAAUACAAGAAGAGCAACAAAGCUGGGGAAAUGAUGACCUUAUUGUUCGUGUGCACAACAAAGACAAAACGAUGAGUUGAAGGAGAGUACCAUAAGGAUCGUCCAGCGACAUAAUUCAAAUGGUUAUCAACUUAUCACGUGCUUGGUGAUGACUGUGUUGAAAUUCUUGAAAUACGGCACCCAAUAUUCAUUCAUCUGGAAGGACAAUUGGAUUCGUGAGCGAAAAGGCUGCUCCAGUAUGAAAGAAAGUUAUCAUAUGUGUUGGCUUGUCCCACUUGGAUGCAUAGACUUCAUUUUUUUUUUGCGGAAUCAUUGUGAUGUUGUUGAUUUUUUCUUUCACUUGUGCUAUAGAUUCUGAAAUUUGGUAGUUAUUAUAACUGCAGUCCUCAUAAACAUAAAAAUGGGGUUCAUUUUAGAUUUGUAGUGAGCCAUUUUUGAGGAAAUUACGCCUAGUGUCCCUCAAAGUGUCCGGUCUUGAAUUUUUGUACACGUUUAAUAAGUUCUAACGGUUGCCUAUAAGGACGAACUUAUGAUCAAUUGAAUAGGUUCACCGUCUUGAAAUGUCCCGAACGACCACCGUGUGCUUUGGGCAAGUAGUAUGACAUUAAGCCUCAUCUGACAAACUAUUCCAACCUGCUUUUGAAUCAAUCCAAAUAAUUCAAAUUCCUCCUACUGCCUUGUUUAGUAAGACACAAAUAAACAACUAUAUGGUGUCAUACGCUGCUG